AUGGGGAUCAAUGAAUCCAAUACAGGGAGCAUUGGUAGUGUUGAUUAUGCUGCUUCUAGAACAGUCGGUGUUGUAGAUACUGUUGGGUAUUCGGAGAUAGUUGUGGCCGCUAAUGGGACUAUUGAUCUUAUCACUAUUGUUGAUGGUGUUAUUGGUUCGAUUGAUGGGACAACUGACAUUGCGGAUGGUUUUACUGGGGUCUUUAGCUUCAAUGGGACAAUUGUGAUGGCAGGGGGCCCCGCCGCGAGUGUUGUAGGGAGCGGCUGCAGCAGUGGGUGCUGCAAGGAGCGACUGCGACGGUGGGGGCCAGUAAGGCGAAGCCGCCGGGAAGGUGAGGCCGCAGCGGCAGGAGGCCGAAGGCCGGGGCUGGGAGGCGGCAGGGGACCGGAGACCGGUGGCGGCGGGCCCAGUCUAAUAGGUCUGGCGGGGGCCGGACUGUCAGACCAGCUCCAGGGUACAGAAAUUUGCAUAAAAACAAAGCUCAAAAAAACUUUUCAAAAAACGGAGGUGGCUAGUGGGUGGCCCUCCGGUGGUGGCCUGGUGGAGCUUCGGUGGCCGACGACUGUACCCGGUGGUCGAGCGGGGCUAGUAGGCACUACGGGUGGCGGGGUGGGCAACAAUGGGCCAGAGGCUAGCGGGGGUACAGCUGCGGCGGCUCCGGGCUGGAGGCUAGCAGGAGAAGCCAGGGAGCUGGGCGCUACAGCGGUGAUGAUGGCCAGGGAGCGGCAGCAGCGGUGGUGGGGAGUUGCAGGGAGGUCGGGGAGGCGCGGACACAGCGGUAGGGCCAGGGAGCUGCAGGGAGGCUGGGGAGGCACGGACGCAGCGACCGAUGGGACCGGUGACGGCGGGGGUCGGGCCGACGAUAGCUGGAGAGUCGGCAGGGGCCAGGAGGGAACCGACGACGGUUGUACAAUAGGGCCUGCAGCUUGGCAGGGGGGCCCACGGUCUAAUCCAUUUUGA